AUGUUGUUAAAAAAUAAAAUUUUCACUGCCUUGAUAAUAUUAUCUCUCCUCAUAUCAUGUCUUACAUCAUUUGCAUCUCCCUAUCCCAGCUAUCCAAUCGCAGAAAGUGAACCAGAAAGCUAUCCAAUUGCAGAACGAGGCUAUCCAAUCGCAGAAAGUAAACCAGAAAGCUAUCCAAUCGCAGAACGAGGCUAUCCAAUCGCAGAAAGUGAACCAGAAAGCUAUCCAAUUGCAGAACGAGGCUAUCCAAUCGCUGAAA